AUGCCCAAACACUCAAGUAACCCGUAUUUAAAGGUCUGUUUUCUCAAGUUUAAUUUGUUUUAUAUUGAUUUAGGGAUGGGAGACUUUUUUCGAUACUUAUAUUCACAACAAAGUUCGCUCAAAAGAGGCGAGGGUAAAGGUGAUGGCCCGAUUCUCCACAUUGGUGAUGACUCAAUACAUAAAGCAUCGAGGUCUUCUUCCGCCGACCAUGUUUGUUGAGCAACCCAUUCACAAUUUAAUUUUGUACAAAUUCGAUCAAUGCCAUCUUUCAGUCAACGAAGUCCGGCCAUAUCUCACAGCGGCUGAGAAGUAUAUUGAAGAUAAAACGGUACGUCAAAUUAUUGCGUAUUUAUUUAAUUUAUAUUGUUUUAGUUAAAGGCUUUCAAAUUCCUUUGCUAUGACGAGAAUGAUGUAAGUUAAUGCAAGGAUAACCGCAUUGUGAUUGUUUAGAUAAUUGUGGAGGAGUUUAUUCUCGCAUUUACUUACGAUAAAGGCAAUACGACCUGUCAUUUCAAGUAAGUCUUCAAGCCCAACAUUCUUCUGAUUUUAGUCUGGGAUCGGAAGAAAAAGUUAUCACGUUUGAUAACCUUGACUUCAAAGGUUUUAUCAAAGCUCUGACCUACAACAUUCAAAUGGUGCAAAAGUUCUGCUCGAAUUUGGAUCGAAUCGAAGUCCAUAAGAGAAGAUUCCGCGCUUCUUUCAACACCGAGCCCGGCGACUCCUCAACUGUUUUUAAUCAAACUGCCAGAGCCUUGAACUACGCUCAAAACAUCAAGCUCUAUGAUCUUGGACCAAGUUCCUUUGGUAAUGUUGGGUAAGUUCAUUCUUCUUUCCGUGUGUAUUAUUUUAGGUCUGCUGUUUUAAUGAAGACGUCUUUCCUUCGAAGCCAAGGUCUGUUCAAGACUAUUGAAGCCGACUGUAGACGAGAGACCACCAAAAUUUUGGCGGACAACGCUGUGUAUGAGAGUUCAGUGAGUUUUUUUUAGUUUAACAUAAGUUUUUAUUGAACCUUGGAUACGUAUUGAUGCAAUUUGUUGCAGGAUGAUGCCACUAGUCCUCAGAGAGAAGAGCCCCCGCCAGAAGCGGGUGGUCAGCCCCGUUCGCCAUCUCCGGACCUUGCUCCUCAACCAUUCUCUCGAUCUCAAACUCUCCUUCCUCCCAGUCCAUCUGAAUUCCAAGAGUCUCUCCGGAGAACUCCCGAAAGACGUCAGGACUCUUUCCACGGCCUGAAUGAAUCCUUUUCUUUCCAACCUGACCCAGAAAUGACUAGAACACAAGCUCCGGGACUCUCGGGUAUCCCCGAAUCAGGUCCUCUACCUCCAUCUCAAGGAAAAACAUUGAUUGAGAGCGUGGAAGAGGCGGUUAAUGAGAUGGGAGAACUUCAGAUGAACAGUCAAGUACUAUCACGUAUGUAUUAUUCUUAAUUUAUAUGACAAAGGUCCUUAUUUUCAUAUAAAAUCUGUUGUUUAGAGUCCGUUGCGCCCACUCCAUCAAACCCUCCAACUGCCACACCAACUUCCACUCAGCCUUUCCGGUCCAAACCAGCUUCUCAAGCCCCAUUAAUCAUGUACCGUGUCUUCGGAACUGAGGCAUUUUAUAUGGAGAACGGUAAUUCCAUUUUUUUAUUAUUGAUUUUGUUGUUUAGAAACUUAUUCGAGCAUUGAUGAUUCGGGUUCUGGUAAUACGUCUGUGGACGAGGAAACUGAGGGGAAUGGAGAUCCGGAGGAUAGUGGAGUUGAGGGUGGUGAUGUUAGUCAAGAGGAACAAGUUGGGCAAGGCGAUGGAUCAUUUGAAAGCGAUCAGGGAUCAGAGAAUCUGGAAGUAUCCGGAGAACAGAUGGAUGUGGAUGUUGUGGAAGAAACCCGAAUCCCAGAAACGACUGAGGAUACGACCAGAUUGAGUAACCUCCGCCCAAUCUUUGAGAGCACUCCCAUUGCCCGAAGAUCCACUAGAUCUUCCGGAAAGCGAAAGACUUAUAUUGAGGAUGAGGAGGAAGAAGAGAGUCCAAAGAAGAAGAAAGGUGGAAGAAGAGCUCGGAAAUGA